GGGGCAUGGGAGGCGCGGCACGAGCCAUUCUGCAUAUGUCACCGGCCGGCUCGGCGGAGCCCGGUUGAUGGGUCGCCCGGGCCUGGUGGAGGCUGCGCCGCCCCUUGAGCCGCUCGCAUCUCGGCCCGGUCCGGCUGCAGCGAAAUGACCCCUGUGCUGGAGGCGGCGGCGGCCGGGCGCGAAAGAUGGGGUCGGGCGAGGGCGGCCAAGAGGGCUGCGUGCCUGCUGGCUGCGGCGUACGGGCUGAAGCUCCUCUGCCCGCUGCUGUGCCGGAGGCUUCGGCAGGCAGGCUGCAAGAGGGACUUGCGGCAGCGGCAGGUCGCCAACAGUGGCAGGCGGCGGUCUGAAGGACGGGAGCUGCCGCUGCAAUGCCCGGGGCCGCCGGCCGGGCGAGCCUCGCCGGCUGCCAAUGCGGAAUUUUUCCGGCAGCUGCUGGAACUUCGCAAGAUCCUCUUGCCCAAGUUGGCGAGCCGGGACUCGGGCUGGCUGUGCCUGCACUCAAUGGCCCUGGUCUCCAGGACCUUCCUCUCCAUCUACGUGGCUGGCUUGGAUGGCAAGAUCGUCAAGAGCAUCGUAGAGAAGAAGCCACGCAGCUUCGCCCUCAAGCUGAUCAAAUGGCUGCUGAUCGCCAUCCCGGCCACCUUCGUCAAUAGCGCCAUCCGCUACCUGGAGUGCAAGCUGGCCCUGGCCUUCCGCACCCGCCUGGUGGAUCACGCCUACCAGACCUACUUCGCCGACCAGACUUAUUACAAGGUGAUCAACAUGGACGGGCGCCUGGCCAACCCGGACCAGUCACUCACAGAGGAUAUCAUGAUGUUCUCGCAGUCGGUGGCCCACCUCUACUCCAACUUGACCAAGCCCAUCCUGGACGUACUCCUCACCUCCUACACCCUCAUCCAGACUGCCAGGUCCCGGGGAGCCAGCCCCAUCGGUCCCACCCUCUUGGCUGGCCUGGUGGUCUAUGCCACUGCCAAGGUUCUGAAAGCCUGCUCUCCCAAAUUUGGCAAACUGGUGGCUGAGGAGGCCCACAGGAAGGGCUACCUGCGCUAUGUCCAUGCACGCAUUAUCGCCAAUGUGGAAGAGAUUGCCUUCUACAGAGGGCACAAGGUAGAAAUGAACCAACUCCAGAAAAGUUAUAAAGCUCUGGCCGAUCAAAUGAAUCUCAUCCUCUCGAAGCGUUUAUGGUAUAUCAUGCUCGAACAAUUCCUGAUGAAAUAUGUCUGGAGCAGUAGUGGUUUGAUUAUGGUGGCCGUACCUAUCAUCACAGCAACGGGAUUUGCGGAUGGUGAAUUAGAAGAUGGCCAGAAACAAGCAAUGGUCAGUGAGCGAACGGAAGCCUUUACUACUUCCCGAAAUUUACUGGCCUCUGGAGCAGAUGCCAUUGAACGGAUUAUGUCGUCUUACAAAGAGGUCACUGAAUUAGCCGGCUACACAGCCCGGGUGUACAACAUGUUUUCAGUCUUUGAUGAAGUUAAGAGAGGCAUUUACAAAAGGACAGCUGUGUCUCAAGAACAUGAAAGUGGCAAUUCAAAGGGAGAGAAAACAGAACAACAUAUUGAUGGUCCCUUAGAAAUCAAAGGAAAAGUGAUAGAUGUUGAUCAUGGGAUUAUCUGUGAAAAUGUUCCUAUAAUUACCCCCAAUGGAGAUGUGGUGGUUUCAAGACUAAACUUCAAAGUUGAGGAAGGAAUGCAUCUUCUAAUUACUGGUCCCAAUGGCUGUGGGAAAAGCUCUCUCUUCCGAAUUCUAGGUGGCUUGUGGCCUGUCUAUGAAGGAGUCCUCUACAAGCCACCUCCUCAGCAUAUGUUCUACAUCCCACAAAGGCCAUAUAUGUCCAUUGGUACACUGCGUGAUCAAGUAAUUUAUCCUGACUCAGUGGAUGACAUGCAUGAAAAGGGGUACCAAGACCAGAAUCUGGAGUGCAUCUUGCAGAUUGUUCAUUUGAACCACAUAGUUCAGAGAGAAGGAGGGUGGGAUGCUGUCACAGACUGGAAAGAUGUCUUGUCUGGAGGUGAAAAGCAGAGAAUGGGCAUGGCCCGAAUGUUUUACCACAAGCCCAAGUAUGCAUUACUUGAUGAAUGCACGAGUGCUGUCAGCAUUGAUGUUGAAGGAAAAAUAUUCCAGGCUGCAAAGGGAGCUGGUAUAUCCCUGCUUUCAAUAACGCACAGGCCGUCUCUUUGGAAAUACCACACUCACCUGCUGCAGUUUGAUGGGGAAGGAGGCUGGCGCUUUGAACAGCUAGACACUGCUAUCCGCUUAACCCUCAGUGAGGAAAAACAAAGACUGGAAUCCCAGCUUGCAGGAAUGCCAAAAAUGCAGCAAAGACUGAAUGAACUUUGCAAAAUCUUAGGGGAGGACUCUGUGCUGAAAACGAUGGAUAAAGAGGAAUAAAUGUUUUAAUUUAGAUUUUUCAAAGGUUUUUUUUAAAAAACAAAUGCAGUAUGAUUUCUGAGAGACACUUCUGCUUGUAUGCAUUGCAAUUAGCUUAAGAGUGCAAGUCAACAAAUGGAAUUCUUUCAUAAAUCUGUUACCUACCUAGUUGAAUGGAAAAGUAGUUCAAGGUAAUGAGAUUUGACUGGAAACAAGAAAAGUGGGCUUUCAAGUCCUGCUUGAAGUGUCUUAGAAACUGAUUCUCCAAACUAUGUGGUCUUUUGCCUUUUUAAAAAAUAUUUGUUUUUGACCCCAGUGUUCUGCUGCUUUGAUACCAUCUUUGUUCCUUCCCACGUAUUCCCAACCAGUUGAAGGUCACAGUGUACACACAUCAGGUCAGAUGUGGCUGCAUGACACUAUGAAUGAAGGCAAACAUAACCCCCCUUAUUGCCUGUACUCUGGAUGUGGGCAAAGGAACACAUCCCCUUGACUUUACUGUCGUGCUGCAUUGAGCUGGUCAUUUCACUACCUACCACCAUUGUGUGGGAAGACCUUUCACCAAAGGCUAACUCUAGUAGUGAUGCCUGACUAGAAUGUGGAUAAGCAUUCAGGUGUGCAUCAGAAUGUAGCAUCAGUAGAUAAUAUUAGCAUUUGCCUAUCCAGUUGCCCAUUUGAAUGUGGAUACUGUCCACUUUCAUUGCAUUACUUUCAAUAGAUGUGCAUGAAGAUGCACGCAGCAGUGUGUAUAUGCAUUCAAAUGGUGUCCCAAUGAAAUAACUAGGUAAGGGUGUUGGAAUAGGAACUGGCAGACCCAGUCUUGGAUCCUAUGUAGCAUGUAUGGCGCUGCAUUGCAUAAAACAGCAAAUUUGCACAUCCCACUGCAAUCAUCUGUGAUCCUCAAAAUUGUGGUCCUAUGAAUCAGUGGGACACCCUCCCCCCCUCCCCAGAACACUGUAGGGGGCCAAAUGGUACACUGAGAGACAGGAAUCAGCAAAAUUGUCUUCUCUCUCUUCUGCAAGCGGUAUAACAGAAAGGGAGGUUAGGAUCGAUGCCUCACCUGUGAAUCCCCACUCUGCCAUGAAAUGUACUGUGUGACCUUGGAUUGAUUCCUCUCUCAACUUCACUUACCUCACAUGUCUGUUGUAAUGACAGAAGAUCAGGGAAGAAACAAUAAUUCAUGCCACCAGUUGCUCCUUGGAGGAAGGUCAUGAUAAAGAAAGCACUAAAUAAGUAGGUAGACUGGGGGGAAAGUGUCACCAGUUACCCUGAUAAUUGUGAUGUGUCCUCUCCUCUACCUUCUGCAUAGUGAACAGGUUGCCAUUUUUUAAAGGUGCAAAAAAUGGUAACUGAAAAAAUAGGCAGUGUUUGUGCAAGUGUGUGAGAGACAGUAGAAAACGUGACAAUAACAACACCCACCCACCCCCGGGAAUUUCAGCUCAGCACUAGUUUGGACCAGGGAAAUCAACCAAGAGCAUGGUGUAUGUGUUCAUAGUACCUUACCCUAGUGAGGUGAACUCUACUUCCUCCUGGGAAAUCUAUUUGAGUUGUUAGAUUAUCUCGACAGAUUCUUGCUUCAAAGUCAGAAGGCGGAAUGUUCUCUCCAACCCUGCUGCCACGUGCAUAUGAUAUGCCUGCUGUGUUCAGCAAAUCAGGGGUGUCACUCAGGCAUGGAGCAACACAAGGGAAGGGCUGGGGUGAGUAUUCAAGUGCAUGCAAAAAUGAAUGAGGGGAGGAACCAAGAAUGUUCUUUUUAAUCCUUGUAAAACUGACCUCCUGUUUUUGAAACUGAUAACACAUGCAUGUCAGUAGCUGUAUUUGCCUAGCAAAAAUAAUAAAGUGACAAGCAGCCUAGAGGACAACUGUCCUGGCAAGAAUA